AUGGUUUGUUCCAAAUGCCAGAAGAAGCUAAAAGCCACCGAACUAGCCACGCCAGGCGUAAAGCGCAAGAGUGAGAUGUAUUACGGCUCGCCUUCCACUUCGCUAGGUGGUGGUGGUGGUGGUGGCUCGGGUAGUGGUUCCGGAACUUCAGUAGCGAACAGGACCAAGGCUACACUGGGAAAUACGGGUGUUUCAAAGAACAAACUCCUCAGCGCAAAAGCGAAGAACCCCUAUGCGGCGUACUCAUCGUCUUGCGAUAUGUGCAAGGCGAAGACAGAGCAAGGGCGGAAAUAUUGUCAGCGGUGUGCGUAUCAGAAGAACGCGUGUCCAAUGUGUGGGAAGAGUUUAACGGGGAAGUCCGCGAAGGAUCAGCCUGUCGUGCAGGGGCAGAAGUUCAAUUUGAAAUGA